CCAGGCUCUUCCUGCCCAGGGCCUGAGUGGCCGGAGCAGGAGAGGGCGGAGCAGCUGGCCCGGGGUGCAGCACUCAAGUGGGCCUCGGGCAUCUUCUACCGGCCAGAGCAGCUGGCCAGGCUCGGCCAGUACCGUAGCCGCGAGGUGCAGCGUACCUGUUCCCUGGAAGCACGCAUCAAGUCGGUGGUGCAGUCAUACCUGGAGGGUGUGAAGACCGGUGUGCGGCAGCUGGCCUGGGCCCUUGAGGCGGUGCAGGGAGCCCGCGAAGCCCUGGGCCAGGCUCAUGGGUUGCUCUGGGGUAUGGCUGAGGCUGCACAGACCCUAGAACCCCUGCGGGAGCAGGUUGUGCAACACAAGCAACUGCAGGCCAUGUCUCAGCUGCUGCCCCGGCUGCGAGCUGUGCCUGCUGCAUUGGCCCACACACAGACCCUGAUUGAUGCCCAGCGACUCUUGGAGGCAUAUGUGAGCCUUCGGGAACUGGAGCAGCUACAAGAGGAGACGUGGGCACCUCUCGGGGGCCUGGAGUUGCCAGUGUUCGAGGGGCUGGGCCCUCUGGCUGAGGCUCUGGGCCAGGCUGUGGAGGCGGCUGCAGGGGCUGCAGGGCGGCUGGCACGGGAGGAUCCAGCCCUGCUGGUGGCUGCUAUGCGUGUGGCCGAAGUAGACGCUGGGCGCACAACCUCCCUGGAGCAGGCUGCCCGGGACUGGCGGCAGCGCUGUCUGCGGGCACUACAGGAGGGCUUGGAGCAGAUCCACUUUGGGACACCUCUGCAGCCUGGGCCAGGGGCACUAGCAGAGUGGCUGGAGGCUCUGCGGGUGGCUCUACCAGCAGAGUUGGCCGCGGCUGAGGCACUGGUAGCACCCUGCUGCCCACCACACUACAACGUGGUCCGGCUGUGGGCCCACACCCUGCACAGCGGCCUGCGCCGCUGCCUGCAGCAACUCCUGGAAGGGCCUCAGCUGGAAGCUGCCGAUGCCUUCACCUUGCUGCAUUGGGCACUGCAUGUGUACCUGGGGCCAGAAAUGAUGGGGAGCCUGGAAUUAGGGCCCGAGGCUGAUGUGUCUGAUCUGGAGCCCCUCCUGACCCUGGAGAACAUCGAGCAGUUGGAGGCAAUAUUUGUGGCCAAAGUCCAGGCAAGUGUGGCCCAGUGGCUGCAGAAGGCACUGGACGGGGAUGUAGCUGAGUGGGGCCGAGAGCAGGAGCCUGACACAGACCCAUCUGGCUUCUACCACUCACCAAUGCCAGCCAUCGUGCUGCAGAUCCUGGAAGAGAACAUUCGCGUGACCAGAAUGGUCAGUGAGUCACUGCAGCGGCGGGUGCAUGGCAUGGCACUGUCAGAACUGAGCGCAUUCCUAAGGAGCUUCAGUGAUGCUCUGAUCCGAUUCUCCCGAGACCACCUCAGGGGGGAAGCAACGGCCCCUCAUUACGUGCCCUACCUACUGGCCACCCUCAACCACCAAUCAGCACUCAGCUCCUCCGUGUCCGUCCUGCAGCCCGACUGGGUGGCUCCAGGGGCCUUAGCUCCGGUGGAGGCAGCGCUGGACGAGUUGCAGAGGAGGAUCUGCCGCCUGGUGUUGGAGGCGCUGCUGGCGGAGCUACAGCCCCUAUUCGCUGCUCUGCCCUCUCGCCGGUGGCUGUCGAGCCCAGAGCUGCUGGAUGACGUGUGCGAGCGGACCGCGAGCUUCUGCCAGGACUUCCGACACGUGCGGGAUCCUGCGGUCCAGCUGCUGCUGGCUGAGGCGGAGCGUACCGUGGUGCUGCAGUACCUACGUGCGCUGAUGCAAGGCCGUCUAGUGUGCCGCGGUGCUGAUGAGCGGACCCAGGCGGCCGAGCGCCUGCGGCACGAUGCCGCCCAGCUUCGGGAGCUUUUCCUCGGUUUGGGCCUGGAGGAGAGCGUUCAGUGCGCGCCAGUGCUGCUCGCCUUGAGGGAGCUGCUGAACCUCCGCGACCCCACGCUGCUUGGUCUCGAGGUGGCAGGCUUGCGGCAACAAUUUCCCGACGUGAGCGAGGAUCACGUCUCCGCCCUCUUGGACCUGCGCGGGGACGUGUCCCGAGAGCAGCGCCUGGCCGCACUCAGCUCUCUGCAGGCCGGCCCGCAGCCCUCGCCCCCAGCGGGUGGACGCGCACUCUUCAGCCUCGUGCCAGCACCUGCACCCCCACUGUCCUCCUGCCUCCCCUCGGGGUCCUGUGCCUGACCCUCGGCUGCCCCCAGAAUAAAGCCACGGCCCCCGUA